UUAAAAAUGCUCAAGAACAAUGGAAAAUCAAUUUUCCUCGACAGGUGCAAACGGAUCAGUCACAAACAAACAUUGCUGUUCCGAAUGUUGUACAUCCACUUGGACCAGUAAACUUGAGUGAAUUACCUGUAGAAAUUUCACAAAAAAUAGCAAUUAUGCGAGAGAUUAUUACUAAAUUUAAAAGUAAUACAUUGAGCAGAGUUUCGCACCUUCAACACGGCACAGAAAAUUUGCUAAAAACCCACAUUACUCAACUCAAAGAAGAAACUGAACUUCUUGAUUCACUUGUUGAAGUAAGAGAUAAUAUCAAGAUAUGUAAAAGCUUGGCUUUAGAUGCGUGUCAAGAUAACGCGAUAGCAUUUAAAUUUAUUAUAAAACAGACCGAAAGUUUUGGAAAACAGCUUGG